AUGAAGUUCACCUCCCUCAUCCUAACCCUCAUGGCUGCCGCAGCUGUAACAGCUGCACCCUCCCCCGAACUCGAAGUCAGGGAUACCUGCGGCGCCGGGUACGGCGGUGACCAGAGACGCACGAACAGUCCCUGCAACGCCUCGAACGGGGAUAGGCAUUUCUGCGGGUGUGACAGGACUGGUGUGGUUGAGUGCCAGGGUGGUCGGUGGAGAGAGAUUCGAGACUGUGGACGUGGAACAUGCCAUGGGGGGAAUGAUGGCGGUGCAGUAUGCUAG